AUGCAUCCACGCUCGUUCUUUACAGUGCUCAGCACUCUCGGCUUCCUGACUGCCGGCAUCGACGCCCGCCGAACCCGAAGACGCUGCUCGUCUGUGUUCCCUUCUUCUUCCUCCGCCCUGGGACCGGAGGGCAGCAGCAGCACCAUCAUCGCCACUCCCACUUCUGGCUUUGUCACCUCGACUCGUCUGUCGAGCGCUUCUUCCACCAGUGUCGUGGAGUCGACCUCUGCUGUUGAAUCGACUACUGCCAUUGUGUCUACUACUUCGGCUGUUCCAUCCACCACUUCCACUUCCUCGCCAUCUACCACCAAGCCCUCCUUCGACCCCAUCUAUACUCCCACCAACCUUCAGCAGCUCACCUUCGGCCAGAGCCUUGACAUCACCUGGGGAUAUGACGCUGCUUGGGCUGGCAAGAUCGACAUCAAGUUGAUCGGUGGUGCUGACUCCAACAGCCUCGUCCCUCUCGGAACCAUUGUUUCUGGCCUUGAGAACAGCCUGGGCAAGUACACCUGGACUCUCAACCAGGACUGGAUCGGUUCUUAUGCUCUGUACGGCAUCACCAUCACCUUCGAGGACGGCACCACUGUUCAGUACUCCAUGCCUUUCAAGGUCUCGGGUGGCGGCAGCACUACUCCCACCAACCCUACCAACCCACCUACCUUUAACCCCAUCUACACCCCUACCAACCUCCAGCAGCUCACCUACGGCCAAGUUAUCGACAUCACCUGGGGAUACGAUGCCUUCUACGCCGGUCAGCUGGAGAUUACCCUCAUCGGUGGCACUGAGCAGAACCUCCAGUUCCCUCUCGGCGUCAUUGCCACCGUCGACAACAGCCUCGGAAAGUACUCCUGGACCAUCAACAACAACUUUGUCGGCGCCAAGAACAUCUAUGGUCUCAGCGUCAACCUCAAGGGCACCAGCUACCAGCAGUACUCGAUGCCAUUCCACAUCUCCGGUGGUCCUCAAUAA